GAGAAAACAAAAAGCUCAGUGAAGAAAGGAAGGGAAAUCUGCAGCAAGUCUGCAGCAGGUAUAUACAGCAGGCAGAGCGUUGUGUGUCCUCCACACCGCAGGGCUGGGGUCGGAGGUCAGCCCAUGACGAUCCAGAGAUUUCCCUUCAGAAACUGAGCUGGACAAGACCCAUAAACAUGUUGUGCUUUAAGCUCUGCCUGAUUGGAUUCAGCAUGCUGACAGCUGCAUCUGCAAGUCAUCAGGCUUUUACCAGCUCUGCAGAGAUGAACAUCUCAUCUUGCCCCAUCACCUACUAUGGUCAGAAAUAUGAAAAAGUAUAUGUGGGCUUCGAUGCAGACAGAUUUUCAGUUUGCUUUAAGGGUUUAUACCGACCGGGCAUCCAAAACGACUGCAUUCUGAUGUCCGGUGGAACGGCCGACAGGGGCGGCCUGUCUGUGCUCAGCAGAGAAAUACCAACUGGAUCCGGAGUUCACAAGCUUCUGCCAAACCUGAAAUAUGCUGGAAAAUGUGUGAAUGUAAUCCCACUGAAGGACAGUCAGCAGUCUCAGGUUGAACAGGUGGAACUGGGAAACUUUGGGGCACAAUCAAUCCUGGCAAUCAAGACAUAUUCUGGAUACACUGAUAUUAAUGUGGUGGCUGUGGCUCAGGUUAACGGACUCACCGUUUCUAAACAGACUUUCCAGACCUCUGAGACAAACAGCGGCGUUAUUACUGACGUGAGCGGAUGCAGAUUUUCAGGUCUGGUCUAUGAGACCAACACAACGGUGAACGACCCAAGAAUCUGUUCUACAGUAACCUGUGACGUUAACGGAGCUGCAACAGCUGUCAGUCACUGUGGCCCCAUGGAGCAUUGCCAGGGAGAUGGGAGCUGUGCCAUGAACGCUGUGUGUUCUGUAACCGGCUCUACUGUCAUAGGCUUCACUAGCAGACUUCAGUCUGUCCCUGACCGCUGUGGCUACUCUCUGCUGAGGUCCUCAUCUCUCCCAGGCCUCCAUGUGCUGGGAAUUUUUAAAGAAAGACAACGUAAAGAUCUGAGUUUUCUGGACCGUGUCGUCCUACAGCUGGACAGGGAAGGUGCUCAGAUUUCCUUAGAGCAAGGCAGCAAAGUUAAGGUAAAUGAUGUAUUCCUGACAGUACAUGCAACGCCCCAGAUAGUCCACAGUGUGGCGCUCACCAAGAGCCACACUGGUGUGUCUGCAAAGUUCGAAGCCGCCAACUACACAGUGUCUGUUGUCUUUGAUGGCAAUACUGCAGUAAUUCAUCUAACAGGAUCAAGUGGAGUUCCUAUGCAGGGUUUAUGUGGUGAUUCAAGCUCAACUGUAAACGAGCAAAAAUCAUCUGAAUACAGUGACACAGGCUGCCAGACACAAUAUGAAGAUGAUGCUGACAGUACAAGCAGCUGCAACACUACUGCAAAAUGGUGUAGUCUUCUGCAGGAGGGUUCCUUCACUGAGUGUAACUCAUAUGUUGACCCGGAGCCCUUCAUUCAGGCCUGCACUCAAACCCUGUGCAAAUACCCUGCAGUGGACGGCCUUCCAUGCAACUUUCUGAAGGGUUAUGCUGAGGUCUGCAAAUACAAAAGCAAUGUAACAGUGGAGGACUGGAGAUCACAUACCAGUUGUGCUGUUCCUCAGGCCACCUGCCAGGACAUGUUCUGCAGUUCACAUGAGUUCUGUGGUGUGGACAGCUCAAGCGGUGAGCCCCGCUGUCAUUGUAGGGCUCUUUUUGCAUCCAAGUACAAACCAACAAACUCCUUUGGUGAGCCGACUGUCUGCGCAGACAAAGCUGCUACAGUAACUCUGGCUAACUGCCUGCUAGAGGACAAAGGCAUCGACUACUCUGUCUUGCACCUCAACGACCAGUCCUGUAGAGGUCAACUGGACAACUUGACCCAUUUGGUGACAUUCAGUUUCAGCAGUCAGAAUACCUGUGGUACAGUGGUUCAGGCCAACAACAGCCAAAUUAUCUACAAGAACAUCAUCAUGACUCAGAAUAUCUCCAUGUUUGGAUUGAUCACCCGGCAUGACAAGGUGCACAUGGACUUCUCCUGUCAUUACAGCCAGCCAGACUUGAAGACACUGAGCAUCCGAUUCAGACAAAGCUCUGUGAUCCAGCACAUUUCUUCUGGUGAAUGGAAAUACAAUCUGACCAUGGAGGCCUACACCAACCACGACCUCACAAAACCCAUCGAUUCUGACGCAGACAUUGACCUGAACCAGAGACUCUGGGUAGAGCUGAAGACAUACGGACUGGAGGAAGACAGGGUUGCUGUGGUAACCGACUCCUGCUGGGCAACAGAUCAACCUUCGCCAACUGCAGGCCUAAGAUACAAUCUUAUUAUCAACGGCUGUCCUAAUCCCAAAGACCCAACAGUGGCAGUGGAAGGAAAUGGGCUGGGAACAUCAAAUGUUUUUUCGUUCAAUACUUUCCAGUUUACUGGCGGUAAUGGUAAUGUUUUCUUGCACUGCAAAGUAGAGCUGUGUGUCAGACAAGGGGACAACUGCAUCCAAAGGUGCGCUCAGACUGCGAGAGGCCGCAGAUCUGCCCGGCCAAAAUAUGAGAACGUAAACCCCGCCUUCAUCUCAGUGGCCUGGACUUAUUAGGAUUUCGUGGAGAAACAGACUGACAACCUCAGUCAAAGGAAUUCCUGAUGGGCUUUGAAACAAUGAAGAAUUCACCAGGGGCUCAUAAUGACUGUCUGCUGCGAUGUGGAAAAGACUCUUUCCUUUUAGUGAUGAAAGACUUACGUAUUUUUGGGAAGUGUCUCAUAUAGUCUGGUGGAGGAAACAUUAUAUUCAAUAACUAAUAGGACAGAACAAAUGUGAUAAAUUAUUAAAUUUUUAACAAACAACACUGCUUAGGAGGAUUGUGAAGCAUUUUCUGCUGUGUCAUUUUGACUCUGCUUCACCAAUUUAGCUCCAGCUCUCCAUUUUGUCUGCUCGCAUGCAGAAGUAGAGCAAACAUCUUAAAUGAAGCUCACAGCAUUAUUUGGUGAGAUAUUUUUGAAUAGCCCUCCAAACAUUAGAGAAAAAGAAGACAAAUGAAACUAUUUCUAACGAGUCACACAUCAGCUCUGUGAAGUUAUUUGGGGGAAAUAACAGAAAAAUUGACAUUAACAUCCCAGGGUCUGAUCUUAGAAUAUUCCACAAGGUGUUCUAAACUGCUUUGCAAAACAUGGAUGUGUUUCAUAUGAUCCCAUAAAGGAAGGUUGAGGGUGGGGGGAAUUCGUUUUUUAAAUGUUUUAUCUCCAGUAUCUCCUUGACUCUGUGAAAGGUUUCUGGCUACUAAUUUUUGUUAGAUAACAAGGCACAAUUGAAGCUUAGUCAUGGUGGUUUUGGUUAAUUGCAUGAAUACUCUCAGUAGUCCAGCUCCAUUGAUCUGUCUGAGACAACUUUUGUUAGCAUGAUAUGUGGAAUGUGCAGCAAAUAUAAUGUGAGGCACUUUCUCUGGGCUUUAGACCCAGAGCAUCCAGACAUGAUGGUGAUUGUAUCAUUUGGUGACGAUGCACUGGACUUAUUAGGUUGUCCUGCAGCUCAAAAUUGGCAAUGCUGGGGGAUAUUUAUCAUCUACUCUAUUAUUAUUAUUAGUAUUAUUAUUAGGUUUUUAAUCUCCAAAUAUUUGACAAGCCAGGUUUUCUGUCUUUGUAUCUAUACACCCCAUAUUGUGUCGGACGAAUUUCGUACUUCCAAAAAUCAGGUUAGUAAGUACUUAAUGAAACGUAAAAUACGUAAAUGAACAAAUCUGAACAAAGUUUUGAUCAUAUAAUGUCAGGCUGUUUAUGAAUAUUUGUAUAAAAUGCCUGAAAUUUGUUUUUUAGCACAUUAAUUGUACCACUAAGCAUGUGAUGUAAUCAUGGCAAACACCUUCAUACAGACAGAGUUUAACUGUUGAUCACUGUUAUUUCAGCUCAAGAGAUCCGCUGCAGGCAUUUAUCCAUAUCUUCAAUUUUUUUAGACUCUGUUUGGGUUUUGAAAAUGGAAUAAACUCUAAAUGAUCUGCAUGAAAUGUUUCUUAAGUGCAACUUCUGACAAUGUUUAACCACUGUUACCUAAUUUCUAUCUAUCAGUUGUCAAGCUAGCAUAGCUAACCUUCUUCCACUAUCAAAUUUUUUUGAAUUUAAACUUUUUCUUGUUCAUGUUGUUGUUGUCAUGAUCUAAUUGUUAUAGUGUUGACAAUUAGCAGCAAAACACAAUUUUUAUCACGCCCAUAUUAAAGAUGUAGUGCUUUAUGCUGACAACUUAAGAGCUAAAACAAAUAGUAGUCAUCAUCAACAAGCAGCUUUUUGCCCUCCAGCAAGAAGCUGAUAACUGUCUAUUAGUUAAAUUUGAUCUUUUCUAAAACUGAUUCUUGUAGUGUUGAUUUAGGAAAAUGAUUUACAUUAGUUAGCAUGACUAAAUUACUUCCUAAAGUUUAUUAGGAGUUUAAAUUGUUCCAUGUAUUGUAAUUUUAAACGCUUUUGUCCUAAGUAGAAUUUUCUUUCCUCUACUCCCCAGAUCACACAUGACCAAAUUAUAGAAAUUAAGAAAUGAUGCAAUCCAGCAACCUUUAUGACAGCCAAUAGCUAUAUUGGGAACGGUAUCUGUUGAUGCUGACAGGAUUUCUGGUACAUACUGCCAUGUGAAUACUUGUUCUUGUGAGUCCGAUGGUCUGCAGAGAUGCCUUCAUGUGGAUCCAAACACUGUGCCUAUGUUAACAUACAUUACCAGCAACAAUUCAUAGUCGCUAAACUCAUCCUAUUUUUCUUGAACCUUAAUAACAUUUUUGGUUUAGUUAUGAGAUUCAGAUUUCUUGUUUUUUAAGACCAUUUACAGAUUUAACAAAAUCAGUCAAUCAAUGCCGGUUUGAAUCCCCACUGUGUCUUUCUCAGUCGUUGUGCCCUUGGGCCGCCAUGCACCUGUGGUGCCGCUGCAUGGCUGUCAAACUGCCACAAUACACCUGAACCAAUAACUGGCUCAUUACCACCUCUUUGUCAAGCUUAACUCAUUUAAAACCUGCAGCGCAGUCGGGUUAGAAAUGGGGCUGUAAUGAUUCAUGACUCAUCAUUCAAGCAAUUUUAAAUUUAUUUAGACAUAUGAUCUCAAGACUUUGUUAAAUAAUAUUUUAUUAUUUAGUGCACUGUGUUCCAGUUAGUGAUGCUGGAACUACUUAACACUUAACCAGUGUUAAGUAGUUGGACUUGUAAAAGCAGUUGAUACUCCCAACUGGUACCACUUUUAUGAUGAACUUUCAUGCUGCGCUGUGUUGCGGUGCAACUCAAAGACUAAAUCAUACUUCAGACCAGGUGGUGGAGGUAGACCACCAAUACGUUGUUUGCUGAUUCUGAAAAAAAAAAAAAAAAAAACAGUAGAAGAAGAAGGGACACAUUAUAUGGUAGGAGGGGGCUAAAAUAUCCAUAGUUUGGAGCAGAGUUUGCAGUAGACUUUUUUGCUGACUGUAAUUUUGACUAACUACAUCAAAAACAAAAAACAAAAAUGUAAUAACAUCAUAUAUUUGCUUUUCAUUUUCAUUCUGUUGAAAAAAUAUUCAUCAAGCUGAAUAAAUAAU